AUGGCGAGAGAUCAUUCGACUCGUCGGGAAGCUGUUGCUGCCCUUAGAAAGCAACGCUCCCGACGCCGUCGGACUUCAAAGAACACAGAUGCCUCCGUGAAGAGCGCGCCACGUCCAACAACUCCUCCUUCUCUGCCCAGUACGCAUGGCGAAGUCGAGUCCAAGGUCGUGCCACACAACACCGAUACUGAAGCUUGGCCCGUGCUACCAAAGCGACAGCCCCCGCCACAGCCGAAGAAACUGCCGGGGCCACAGCCGAUGUCACAGCUGAAGCUACAGUUGAAACUACAGCCGGAGCCACAGCCAAAGCCACAGCCGGAGCCACGACUGAUGCCACAGCCGAUGCCACAGGUGCCACAGGUGUCACAGCCCCUGCCACAGCCGGAGCCACAGUCACAUCAAAGGAUACAGCACACUGUAGUAGAGUCCACAGCACCGACUCCCGAUAAAGUGUCGAAGAAGACCAGCAAGUAG